AUGAGUGAGAAGGCCAAACACAGGGAUAUGUGUGGUCUGCAAAGUUCUCCACCCUACCUGGGACCAUUCCUUUUUAUCCUUAAUUGUUUUCUUUUGUUACUGCUCCAGAAGGAGGCUCUUGGCUGUCCGGCUGCUUGUCAACUCUGCACAGGUAGACAAGUUAGCUGUCGUAAUUUAGGACUUCCAAGCAUCCCGUGGAACUUCCCAAAAACAACAAUUCUUGUGUACCUCAGUGGGAAUAAUAUUUCUCAUGUCGCUCCAAAUGAACUAAGAGGCCUUCAGGAGCUUGCUGCACUCUACAUGGAUAACUCCAGUAUUUCAUAUGUACACCCGAAAGCUUUUGUGCAACUCCCCAGACUGUACUACUUGCAUCUAAAUAGCAAUAAUAUUAAACGCCUGGAUCCAGGAAUCUUUGAAGGUCUUUCCAAUCUUCAUUGUUUAUACCUUCAGAAUAAUAAAAUAGCUUUUGUUCCCAGAGGAUUAUUUAGUGAUCUCCUUUCCGUUAGAUAUUUAACACUUCAAGGCAAUCGUCUCAGUAUCCUUGGCAGUGGGACUUUCUUGGGAAUGAUAAGUCUCCAAACACUUAACCUAGCCAAUAAUAAGAUUUCACGGAUAUCAGAUUCAGCAUUUCAUCAUCUUGAAAACCUUGCAUGUUUGUACCUUGAAGGUAACAAUUUAACACUUGUGCCAUCAAAUGCUAUUGGAGGGCUCAAAAAUCUUGAACGACUUUCUUUGUCUCACAAUCCCAUUGGAUCAAUACAUCCUUUUGCAUUUAAAGGACUUAACAAGCUUAGAUAUCUGUCUCUAAAAAAUGUGAACCUAAAAUUUAUUGCUGUAAAUGGAUUUUUUGGAUUAAAGAACCUUAGCCAGUUAAUCCUAAGUUACAAUGAUUUAGAAAACAUCAAUUCCAGCACUUUUACUUUAUUGAACAAUUUAAAGUAUCUGCAGCUGGACAGAAAUAAAAUAAACAGUAUUGGAGAUGGUACCUUUGAAAAAAUGGCACAGUCACUUAAAGUACUCAGUUUAGCAUUUAAUAAUAUUACAGAGUUACAACCUGAAAUACUCAAGCCCUUAGUGUCUUUGACUCAUCUACAGGUAAAUUAUAAUCCUUGGAAUUGCAGCUGCAAAAUGCUUGGGUUGCUUAAUUGGCUAGCAUCAUCUCGUAUUUCUGUAAAAGUUCACUGUCAGAAUCCCCAGAGUAUGCGUGGCAGACCUUUGCAUUACAUUAAGUGGACUCAGUUGUCAAACUGCAGUAGCCCUACUGCCAGCCCAGAAACAACCUGGAGUACAGGAUCUGUGGGUGUCCACCAGAGUGCUACCACUUUGCUGAUGGCAUGGCACAAGGGACACAGGCACAGUGCGUUUGAACAGCCUGUCCAUGCAGAAACUCAGUAUGUCACUUUCUGGGAAGGAGCUACAACUGCAUCUGCUAACCUGUUGCCCUUUGAAGAAAAUGCAGGGGAAAUUCCAACACAGGCAACUACAGCAUUAACAUCACCAGUGCAAAUUCCAGCACAGAUUAUACCUGUUAACAGAACUGUAGAAGAAAAAGGUUUGUUUCCGACAGAAACUGUAUCAUUAAAAACAUCCCUACUUUGUACACAACAGGUUGAAAAGCUGACUCAGGCAUUUGACAUUUUGUUAGCCUUUUUCAUUCUGGCUUGUGCUGUGAUCCUGUUCUUAACCUGUAAAGUUAUUCAGUUUAGGCAGAAACUAAAGGUUUUGGAAAACUCAGGGGAAAAGAGAAUAGAAUAUUAUGGUUUUUAUCAGCCUGGCAGAUACAACAUAACUGGCCCAGUGCAGUCCCUGACACAGAAUUCUGUGGGGCAUUCGGAACUGGACCAAAUUAGGCUGCUCAAACGAACAGCAUCUGAAAGUCAGGCACAAGUCAUAUUGUUUGAACACUCAUCAUUGUAG